CAUUGUAUUGCACACCUCUAAAAAAAACACUGCCUCUGAUUUAUCAAUAUAAAAAAGAUCCUCUGAGAGGAGGGCACUUUUGUGUGAUGGCAACUUCACUUCUAGGGGAGGAACCGCGGGUAGGCUCCACGCCGCUGGCCAUGCUCGCCGCGACCUGCAACAAGAUCGGCAGCCCCAGCCCCUCGCCGUCUGCCCUUUCGGACAGCGCGUCCUCCUUCGGCAAAGGCUUCCACCCCUGGAAACGCUCCUCCUCCUCAGCCUCGGCGGGCAGCUGCGGUGCCGUGGGCUCCGGCCUCCCGGGCUUCGGCGUGGCGGGCGCGGCGCGGAACGGCUCCUCGGCGGCGGCGGCAGCGGCGGCAGCGGCGGCGGCCGCCCUGGUCUCGGACUCAUUCAGCUGCGGCGGCUCGCCGGGCUCCAGCGCCUUCUCCCUCACCUCCAGCAGCGCGGCGGCCGCCAGUUCGCCCUUCGCCAACGACUACUCCGUCUUCCAGGCGCCGGGCAGCGCCGGUGGCGGCGGCGGCGGCGGAGGCGGCGGCGGUGGGGCGGCGGGACAGGAGGCGGCGGCGCACCAGCCCGUCUUCAUCUCCAAGGUGCACACGUCGGUGGAGGGGCUGCAGGGCAUCUACCCGCGGGUGGGCAUGGCGCACCCCUACGAGUCCUGGUUCAAGCCCUCGCACCCGGGGCUCGGCGCCGGUGAGGUAGGCUCAGCGGGCGCCUCCAGCUGGUGGGACGUGGGCGCCGGCUGGAUCGACGUGCAGAGCCCCAAUGGUGCGGCCGCGCUGCCCGGCUCGCUGCACCCGGCGGCCGGUGGACUCCAGACCUCGCUCCACUCGCCACUGGGCGGCUACAACUCGGAUUACUCGGGCCUGGGUCACUCGGCCUUCAGCAGCGGCGCCUCCUCGCACCUCCUCAGCCCCGCCGGGCAGCACCUCAUGGACGGAUUUAAGCCGGUGCUGCCCGGCUCCUACCCGGACUCGGCCCCCUCGCCGCUGGCCGGCGCCGGGGGCUCCAUGCUGGGCGGCGGCCCCGCCGCUCCGCUGGCCGCUUCGCCGCGCUCCUCCGCCCGCCGCUACUCGGGCCGCGCCACCUGCGACUGCCCCAACUGCCAGGAGGCCGAGCGGCUGGGGCCGGCGGGGGCCAGCCUGCGCCGCAAGGGGCUGCACAGCUGCCACAUCCCCGGCUGCGGCAAGGUCUACGGCAAAACCUCGCACCUGAAGGCGCACCUGCGCUGGCACACGGGCGAGCGGCCCUUCGUCUGCAACUGGCUCUUCUGCGGGAAGCGCUUCACCCGCUCCGACGAGCUGCAGCGGCACCUGCGGACCCACACGGGCGAGAAGCGCUUCGCCUGCCCCGUCUGCAACAAGCGCUUCAUGCGCAGCGACCACCUCAGCAAGCACGUCAAGACCCACAGCGGCCCCGGAGGCGCCGGGGGCCCCGGCGGCGGCGGCCCCGGCGGCGGCCCCGGCCCCGGCGGCAAGAAGGGCAGCGACACCGACAGCGAGCACAGCGCGGCCGGCAGUCCGCCCUGCCACUCCCCGGAGCUGCUGCCGCCCCCCGAGCCGGGCCACCGCAACGGCCUGGAGUGACGGGGGGAGGAGCGGGGCCAUCGCGCCCCCCAGUCCCGCCACCCUCCCGGUCGCGCAGCUCCCCCGAGCGCGCAGCCCCGCGGUGGGGCGCGGACACGUAAGUAGCCGGCACGGCUCCGCAAGAACAGCGCUCAGCCCCGCGGCAACUCCGCUGCCCUCCCGGAGCCCCGCACGGGGCUGGCGGUGCGGCCAGGCCGCGCAACCCCCGCGACGGGGCUCGGCAAGGGGGCAGAGCCGCGACCCCCCGUGGGGCGGCCCCGCCGCCGCCUCCCUUCCCCUUCGCCUUGAGACCCCCCGCCUCGAGCUGCUUUUAGAACGGAAAAAACACCCACGUUCCCUCUGGCUUUGCUGCUGGAAACCGGCCCGUGCUCCCUCCCUCCGCCACCGGCGCCGGUACAGCCACAGUGCCCCGGCGGGGCGGGCGGACGGGCCGGGGCUGCCCCGCUGCGGGGCUUCCGACGGCAGCGCCGCCAGCCGCGCUCCGCGCUCCGCACAGCGCCGAGCCGACACUCGGACCUGCUCUCAUCCCGGUGCCUGCUCAGAGCCCGUCUGCUCCCCGGGACCGCAGCGGCAGUGUGCUUAUUUCCCUUCCCCUUUUUUUUUUUUUUUUUUUUUUUAAUUUUAACAAAUUGUUUACCUCCUCGAGUCCAAAUUUCACUGCGUUUGCCAGCGCAUUUGUAUAAUUCUCGUUUGAGCAGGAAUCGCGAAAUACGUUAAAAAUGAUUAGGUUGAAAGUCGUAUAUUUUUUUUAAACUUCAAACAAAUGAAGAAGCACCGUGGGUUUCGAGCGAAGAUGUAUUUCCAAUGCCAAAAAAGGGAGGCUGGGGGGUAUAGGAAAAUUAAAUAUUUGUAAAAUACGUCUGAACCUAUAGGUUUGUACCACUGGGGAAUCGUUCUAGAUUAGCUAACAAUUAAAUAAAACUCCACCAAUGUAUCGGUGUGAGGUGCAGUUGUCCAGGAGACGAUUUUGUAUAGUAUUUUUCUUGUAAAUUACUUCCAGUAAAUAUUUGAAAAUAUAUUGAAGUACACUUGAGCUUUUUUUUUCUUUUUAAUUUUUAUUUCUUUUCCUGUCACGAAAAAAACUUUCUUGUUGCAGUCCUGGUUCACUGCAUUUUUUUUUUUUUUUUCUGGACUCCUUUCUUGCAGUGUGCAUCAAAUCACACUUCAGGAUAUAGGUUUUGCUUGAAUAUUAAUUUAGCUAGGCAUACAACUGUAAUUAAGCAAACAAUAUUUGAUAAAUGUUGAAUGACAUUUAAUUUAAUGGAGCAUGUACUUAUUUGCAUUUGCUGGCAGUUCAGGUAUAGUUACGGUGAGAGUUCUCCUAUAUUUCAUAAAGUGGGUUUGCCACGACCCAUGUAUUAAAUAAACUGUCCAAGUGAAACUGAACUAACGUUGGCCUAUGUGUAUUUCCUGAAAAUAAUAUUGAUAAAUGUUAAUAAACACUCCUGACACUACAUUAGCGGUUUGCAAUGCUGCAAACUAAUUGUCUCAUUGUAAUGUUGAAAUAAUUUGGAUAUUUCACAUUGAAAUGAAAAGCCCUUCGCUGGAACAUUUUAGAUUUGCAUUUUAAAUGCAUGAAAUG